CAGUGCUCAUCCAUGGAUGCGUCACGUGACCCCUUAAUCUCCCACCGUAUUUCCGCGUUCACGCCGUUAUCAAUGACUCUUUAUGGAGGUGUACCAGCAGCAGCGUCGCUGUUAUUGUUGUUAUUAUUAUCAUCGCCCUGCCCGGUCGCGGCUGAUUGUUGUCUGCUCUGAAUCCAUGAGACCUUAACUACCACAGGAGCUUCCUCCAUCUCCUCCUCAUCCUCAUCCCCCCAGCAGCCACCGCUUCCUUUCGAGCCCUGUCGUCGAGCAGCAGCGCGGACGAGCUGGGGGGGAAUCCGGGGAAAGGGAGCCGCGGCGCCGCGCACCGGCCAACGGACACAGCGUCGCGGCGCGGCGGUGGUGGCGGCGGCGGAGGCGGCGGCAACAACAACAUGCUCACCCGGGUCAAGACGGCCGUGGCCGGGUUCAUGGGUGGGAUUAUGACCGGGGGAAGCUCCGGUGGGGGCGGGAAUUCGUCUUCGGAUUUGCCGCUGAAAUUCCCCUAUAUGAGACCUGAGUUCCUGGGACUCUCCGCGGAUGAAAUCGAGUGCUCCGCGGACCACAUAGCCCGGCCCAUCCUCAUCCUGAAGGAAACCAGGAGAUUACCGUGGGCCACCGGAUACGCUGAGGUGAUCAAUGCUGGUAAGAGUGCGCUGAACGAGGACCAGGCCUGCUGCGAGGUGGUGGUGGCCAGAAGGAGGCCGAUGAGCUACUGUCCCCCUUCCACGCCCAGCAAGACCCCGACGGCCAAGAGACGCAACUCGCUCCCCAACGGCGAGGCCCUGGGGCUCCGCGUGGAACACAUGAUGGGCGAGGAGAGCGAAGGGCUGGUUUUCCACUACUGGGCUUUGUUCGACGGUCACGCCGGCUCAGGCGCGGCGGUCGUCGCCUCCCGCCUGCUGCAGCACCACAUCGCCUGCCAGCUUCAAGCCGUCAUCAAGAUCCUGCGCAACUUCCACUCGCCGCCCCCCACCGUGCUGGGCGAGGAGCCCGACAGCAGCCCCUACCUGCAGGGAAACCCCCCGGGGCCGCACCGCGUCCUGACGCGGGCCGCCUCGCUGCGGGGGGCCGCCGGCGCCCCGAGCUCGCCGAGCAGCACCCCGCCUCCGCCACGCUUCUACAUGGAGAAGAGGGUCCAACACGAGAGCCUGGUGAUCGGAGCGAUAGAGAACGCCUUCAAGGAGAUGGACGCCCAGAUCGAGAGGGAGAAACAAGUGUACAGCAUCAGCGGCGGAUGCACGGCGCUCACCGUGGUUUACCUCCUGGGGAAGCUGUACGUCGGGAACGCAGGCGACAGCAGGGCCAUCAUCAUUAGAGACAACGAGAUCGUUUCCAUGUCGACGGAGUUCACGCCAGAGUCAGAACGGCAGCGACUCCAGUUCCUGGGCUACAUGCAGCCCCAGCUGUUGGGGAACGAGUUCACGCACCUGGAAUUCCCCCGCAGAGUUCAGAGGAAGGAGGUGGGCAAGAGGAUGCUCUACAGGGAUUUCACCAUGAACGGGUGGGCAUACAAGACUGUUGAGGAUGAAGAUCUCAAGUUUCCUCUUAUUUACGGCGAAGGCAAAAAGGCGCGGGUCCUGGCGACCAUCGGUGUGACCCGGGGGCUCGGUGACUACGACCUCAAAGUUCAUGACUCCAACAUUUACAUCAAGCCGUUCCUGUCCUGCAUUCCAGAGGUGAAGGUGUAUAACCUGACGCAGCACAAUCACGGCACCGACGACGUCCUGGUGAUGGGAACCGACGGCCUCUGGGACGUCCUGACCAACGAGGAGGUAGCCGAAGCCGUCAGCGCCUUCCUGUCCAACUGCGACCCCGACGACCUGCACAGGUACACGAUGGCGGCGCAGGACCUGGUGAUGCGAGCGCGGGGCGUGCUGAGGGACAGAGGCUGGAGGAUCACCAACGAGCGGCUGGGCUCCGGAGACGACAUCUCCGUCUUCAUCAUCCCCUUAAUGUACGGCAACCGGCAGCCCUGACCCAGUCUCCGUAAACAUGAACCGGAUCGAUAAGUCCUGCACAGUGACAACUCCUUCUGAUUCCCUAUUUUAUUUAUUUCCCUUUUUUUUUAAAAAAAAAAAAAAAUGAAGGCGAAAAACAAAACAUAAACAGACUCUGCCGGUGUUUCGUUUCUCUGAAUCGGUUUAAAAUUGAAGAAACUGAUAUUUCAAGGUUUUAAAAGGCGGCAAUUCACACGACUACACCUGGACUUCUGAAGUAAGGGGAGGAAGGAAAACUUCUUUCUUGUCCUACAUUUCUCGCCCUUUCUUUCUCUUCCGUCCUGUUUGGUUGAUCUCAUUUCAAGAAUCAUACCGCCGUCGUCUGAACAUGGACGCAGCUGACAGGUCGGCUUUUCUAUCUUUUUUUUUUUCUCUCCGUUUUGCCACAAUGUGGCGUUUGAAGGCUCAGUUGCUGACGAACGGCGUCCUAAGACAAACGUUGAAGGUAACCCGAUCGAAGAUAAAACCUGCUGAACCAGCAUUUGGGAUAUUUUGUGCUGAAGUUGGUUCUACAGUUUACGCUGCUGGGCUCGUAUAAAGUUUGGUUGGUAUUUGAUUUGUCUACGGUUUUAUCUUUUCACUGUGUUGCACACUAACUGACAUGAGUUAAUGUUCUUUUAACAAUGCACUUUUUUAAAAUCAUAUUUCUUAUUUGCUUUUCAUCGCUUUGCUAGAGUAUCCCAAGCACUUUAAGCUUUUUCCCAUUUUUUCAUGUUGCAACAACAAACUUCUCUGCGUUUGGACGGGAUUUUAUUUAAUAGACGAAACACAAAGUUGUUGUUUGGUACAAUGAUGCUGCCACCACCGUGUUUUACCAUGGGAGUGGUGUGUUCAGGGUGAGUAAAAAAAUUUUUUUUUAAAUUUAACUACAGUUUCUGUACUAGAUUUGAGUCUGGACUUGGAUUGAGCCUUUUAAUAGGAGCACUUCCCUGUCCCGUGUGGGUUAAAGCAUCCCCACAGCAUCCUGCUGCCACUACUCUGUUUUGCCAUGGCAUGCAUUUGUACUCUUCCAUCCUUUUUCUAUUUCUAAGCUUCCAUCUUCAGCUCCUUUUUAAUACAAAAUUAACCAAAACAGUGUAUGAAUACUUUUGAUCCAAAGUCAGGGUCUUGCAAAGAAAUUUCUUUUUUUUAACCUGACAUCUACUGAACUGUUACUCCUCAUUUUUUUUGUAUCUUUCCUUCCUAAGCGUCGGAUUUUCUUGUUACCUCUCAAAGUGAUUUAGAGCUGUAGCUUUCCAUGCUUCCUGAAAGUCUUUCAAAGAUUUUUUUCCUUUUUUUUUUUUUUUUUUUUGUCUGCUGUUCAAUCAUUAUCGGUCCGAUACCUGAUCUAUUUAUACAUACCGUGUCUUUGGGUCUGUCCUAUUAGGCCAGUUAACACUGAGCUUCUUAACACGCUAGAAUGAUUCAAAGUUCAGAAGAAAUCCUAUGAAUCUCUGGUUAAAAACAUCCAAAUGAAAACUUUCAUAAAUGACUGGAGAAUUUCUUCUUAGGACCAAAGCAAAGGGGAAAAAGUGAAGUUUUUGUACAUUUCAAAAUCCGUCAUUCAAAUACACUUUUUUUUUUCCCGUGCCAGUCUAAGCCAAACAAAAGUUGUCGCAUCAAAUUUCCAUUGGUAUAUAAAUCCCUACAAAGACGCCAUGUUGGACUGAAUGAAGUCUGCACCAGUGUAGCUGCACUCAAGAGCCAAGAUAUGAAAAGCGUGGAGGCAAAUAUUCCCUGCAGCAGGGAGAAUGUAAAACAUAACUAAACCUAAAAUACAAUCAUUCUUAAAAUAAGUAAAAGCUUUUUCUUUUUUUUUCCUGUUUUGCUCUGUUUUAUGUUUUCAGAAGCUCUAAGUCGACGCUGCCUCGGCUGAAAGUAUCUCGAUGUGUGGAUGUAGUUUUAGUAUAUGCAGUAAUUUAUUUUAGGCCUGGGAUGAGCGACGGUGCAAUGGUUUAAUUUUGCUGUUUCUUUUUUAUGGGCUUUUUAUUUAUGUAAUGUAUCUCGUAAUUUCUGUUGUGAAUGUCCGAACAAGAUGUUUAUAAGACCGUUGGCUUUCCAUUAGCUUUGGAUGCAACCAGAGAUUUCUUGCAAAAGCUACAGGAUGACAUAAAAAAGUUGCUUAUGGAUUUGUACAAUCCUAAUAUAGACAAUAUUUGCAUGCUUGUGUCAGUUUGAGUUUAUUUACUGGACUUCAAAAAGAGAACUGAGUCUAAAGAGUUUAGCAGAAGAUAAGAGAAGCAUCCAUUAAGAAAAGAAAUGCCUAAUUGCUAAGUUUUAAAAGGAGCUUAUUUAAAAAAAAAUAGAAAAAUGUUUCUAAAACAGUUAAAUAAACUUUAAAUUAAACAUUUUAAGAAAAAAAUAAAAAUUGGUGAAUACAUCUGAAUGCCUGGAGCAUCUGCAGAGAAUAAAACGUAUGAAAGCAGUAAGGCUAUAAAGCUAAUAGCAUUAGCAGCUAAAAGUUAAGGAGUUAAAUAAAGGCCUUUUUGAUGGAUUUUUAAGUUGUUGAUGGUUACCCUGGUAAAGUUAAAGUAUCAAUAUACUUUAAAUCAGUACUAUUGUUUCCCAAUGUCAAUAAACAGAAACAUUGACUGAAAUUUCAACAAGCUACAUUUCUCUUGAUGUAGCUUAGUUUAGCUAAUUUAACUUCAUUUUGCCCUGAGAUUGGGGAAGGUUGCAACCUUGAAAUAAACUUUUUUUAUCCUGUUCCUUAUCUGUUAAAAAGUACAUUGAUACAAGGUGUAAUAUUGCCUCUAAAUAUUACAGCAGAAUAACACUGUUUAGUUUCUUAUUUAACUAAAAAAAAAGAGUAAAUAAACAACAAAUAAUACUUAGCUUAUUUGAAAUGCACUAAAAUGUUAGAUUUUAGAUGCAAAGUGUAUUUUCAAAAUUGAAUUAGUUGCAAGUGUAAAACUUGCAACUAGUUUCUGCAAGCGGCUGCAUAGCUCAGUGUAGCUUAGCUUAACUUAGCUCAUUUUAGAUAAUUUGCCAUAGUUUGGGCCUAAAAUUCAAGGCCUAAGCCAAACUCUUUAUAGUCUUUGAAAUGAACAAAGCUUUAAACUCAGAAGUGUAUUUUCAGAGUUGUAUUGUUUCUGAACAAUAAACUGAAAACCUUAUCACCAUAAAACAAUCAAAUGCUUCGAUUAAAAUGUCUUAGCAUAGCUUAUUUUAGCUAGUUUAACUUCAUUCGGCCUUAAGAUUUGGGUAAAUCAAAAUUAAACUAUUUAUCGAUGUCUCUGAAAUACACUAAAAGUUUGUCAUUUCUUAUAAAUGCACUUAAAAUCAACAGUUCAUACUCCUUCUGCUGUCCGAUAUUUGUUGCACUCAAGUUAACCAUCUUGGACAUUUUCCCCCCCAACAUAACUGAAACCAUCUGCAUUAUGUCAGAGCAGCAGCUGUUUUUUGUUUCCUGCAGAUGAUGUGGUGCUGUGCUCCUCUUGUACCGUCCAUUGAAGAAAUCUCGUUAGCUAAUUAAUGACAUGUUUAUAUUACACCCUGAAUCAUCUGAGCGUGAUUGAGGCCCUUUCUUAGAAGAAUGUGAAGUACGAUUUAUUUGUAUCGUCACCCAACUUUUGCACAUCGGCUCAGGUUCGGUUAUGAUUUACCUAUGUUGGGUUUUCUGAAUGCAGUCAUUUACAACUAGCUGUACAUGAAGUCUUCAGUCCAGUUCCAUCUACCUGAUUGUUGUCAUUUUUGCUGUACUACAAAUGUUUGUUUGUUUUCCUGCGCAACACUACCAGGUUAGAAAACUUGUAAAGCUGAGGGGGAUUUUUUUUUUGUAGCAAAGAUCGACUUUGAGGCCUAGUUGGGGGUUGUUGUUAGCUAACUAUCGUGCUACCCUUACUUCAAUGUGAAUGUGAGAUGUAAUUUUAUAAAGGAACACGACCUCAUUGAGUGAUAAACUACUAUUUUGAUGUCUCCUCGCACAAGCUUGACGUCGGAUGGAGACGAGCGAUGUUUACCUUUGGUGUUUCUUACCCAGGAAUAAAAAAAAGACAAUAAAGAUCCAUG